AUGAACCCAAUAGAGGCACCACCAGCGAUAUUUUCAAUUACAAAAGACGAAGCGGCCGAAGACCGUUCGAUAUCGCGCAUAACUGACACAGUCAAGAAAAUCGUUUUCGACCAACAAGCCGUGCACACGAAAAAAGGGGACUAUCCGGUAAUCACGAAACACGAACCAGUCCAAAAGGAGAUGGACAGAAAGGCGUUCGAUGAUCUGAAACUAAAAUGUCAGCAUUUCGCGAAAUUAUUCAACACUACGAGGAUAAACGAUGCCAGAAUCGAAACACCGCAAAAAAACAGUAAACCCCUUUUUGAGCAGAGAAAACGUCCUAUUUAUGUCGCAAGUAGUACGACCACCACCACGGCAAAAAGUGGAUUUUAUAUCACUGCGAGUAGUACUAUUAAACCAGUACCCAGUAUAAGUACCAUCACUAGCACUACAACAAUAAACCCAAGUACAGUACCCACUGUAGCAGAAAGUACCACAGCUAAACCCCCAGCGGUAGUACCAAAAGUUCAAUACAUCCGUUUAGAACCAGUAAUUCUUCAAAAAACAAUUUUAAGUGAUGGUCGUACUGUUUACCUAUGGCACAAAAGUCUACCCAGCGCUUUACCGUUUACCAGCGCAAAUCUUCCAAAACAAGCAAUGUUCCCCAAAAACGACGAAAUGCCAAUGAGCACCGAAUCACCAACGACCGCAUCUUAUUCCAGAUUUGACUUUAGAAAUAUUUUUUCAUUCUACGGCUCACCUACUACUGAAGCGCCAAGUACGACCACCACCGCCACCACGAAUAAUGUACCACAUCUUUAUAACAAUCAAGUAAGAUUUGUAGUACCUGUACCUCUUGAUAAUAAUGUUAAGUACCCUUGGUACAACGGUUACAAUGACUUGUAUUACCAGAAAGAUGCAAGUCAGUUUAACGUUCCCUACCAACCUCCUUAUCAAGUAUUAAAAGCAGUACCUGUUGGUAUGAGGUAUCAGAAAUAUAAUGAACGGUUGGAUGAUGUUAAGUUAACUUAA